AAUAAAUUUUUCAACGCAAAAAUUGAAAUUGUGAUUUUAGGUUAUGCAGAAAAAAUUACGCUUUAACAAAUACAAAUAACCUUACUUAAUUUAGUCAGACUUUUAUUAAGGAUUUCAUGUCUAUUGUCUGUUAUUUAAUUAAUUCACACCUUAGCGCAAGAGGCACCAGAAGAAAUGGCAAAAGACAAGAAGAAAGGUGCAAAGGCGAAUGUUUUUAAAGUUGCAGGUGCGAAAAGCUUAAAAAAGACUAAAGCAAAGGCAGUUAACUUAGGUUUGAAAAAUAUAAAACAGAAAGUGGCAGAUAUAGACAAGCAAUUUAUUGAAGUGAAAAAUAAACCUAAGUCAAUUACAGAACCAAAACAACUAGAUGUUAAAAGAACUCCAAAAAAAACCUUAAAUCAAGUGACUAAAGAAGAGGUGGCCUCAGCAGCAGAUCAAAUUAUUAAAAUGGAUUUGUAAGAAAUACUCAAGGUGCUGAUUAACAACUAACUGCUAUUUUUUUAUUAUUUGAAUUAAUCAAUGAAAGGCCAAAACAGUAGUGUUCCAGCAAUAGUGUGCGACAACAAAUACAAAAGACAUGGCAAGUUUUGAUAACAGGGGUAAAUAUAUGCUCAUUUGCACCCACUGGGCUAUAUGAGUUGGUUCAGUGGAGUAUUCUGGGAUGAACUCCUACAGGGCGAAUUCUGGUCUGUUCUGGUCUGGCUUUGGCUGUGACUUGUUACAACUUUACCAACACCUGGCCAUCAAGUGCUUAAGCGUUUUAGCAUGAUGUGAUUAGCAAUAAGGGUAUAUUAUAACUGCCUUACUCCUAACGGGUUAGCCUCUGAUCAUCUUAGACUGCAUAAUCACCACUAGGUGAGAUUGCAGUUGAGCUCUAACUCAACAUCAAUGUAACAUUGUUGCCAAAUUGGCAUAAAACAUCAUUAUUAUCCUGUCUAUUAUCAUCCCACCACUGGGCACACAUAGGAGAAGAAAUGUUGGCAUUGAUCCACCAAACUGGUCCAAUGCUGGUUUAUAUACAUUUCAUCAAAUAAUUUCAAUGUUGCUAAUAAUUUACUCUUUUAUAAUUCAUAGACUUGCUAGCUAGACCAUAUAGUUCUAUAUAUGCUUACUGAGUGCCUUGAAUCUAAAAGCUCCACCUGGUAAUACUGUGAAACGGAAAAACAUUAUAAUAUAAUUCAGUUAUUAUAGAUAUAAGGACAAUAAAAAUAUACAUUUUGUUAAU